AUGCAAGCAUUGAAAGAUAGAGAAAUCACAAGUUGGGAGAAAAUUCUCAUAUUGUUAGAUGUGCCUGCAGAUUUUCCUCCUUUCUCAAAAUUAGGCUACAAUGAAGAAGAGAACGUGCCGUUCAGACCUGCUCACGCCUGUCUGUUGGUAGUGGAUAAGCCACGCUUAAGCAUGAGAUUAUAUGAUGCGAAUAAUUCGCAUCACAAUAGCAGAACAGAAUUGCCUCAUCUUAAGUGUUUUUAUGAACUAGGAGUGGCCCUAGUAAAAGCAUUUAAAGAGUAUUUGGACUUGGAUUUCACGUUUGAAGCUAUUGAAGGACCAUCCAAAUGUAAAGCUAGUGCGAACAAGAAAGUCCAACAAGCAUCUAAUAAUAAUGAUUGUGGGGUUUUCUGCAUUUUUUUCGCGAGAUUUGAAUUGUACGAGUUUUCUAAGGUUGCUCUAGCAAAUUUAAAGAAGCGAGUAUUGAACCUUGAAAACAUUACACCGCCGCCUAAUACUUCCACAAAUGUUUCCAUUUUCACUGAGACGUUCCAAAACGUUAACAUCAGAUCCCCCAAUUCAACCACGAACGGUUCCUUUAUCGGGGAAGCGUUCCAAAGCACCAGCGUAAACUCGCACAAUUCCAUCAAUCCCAACACAAAUAAUGGCUCCCUUUUCGCCGAAACGAUUCAAAACGCUAACGUCACCUCGGCCAAUCCGGACCUCAUAUUUUUUAACCGAGUCCCCAAAGUAGGGAGCACCAUGAUGAUAAAUCUGAUCAGAAGACUGUCCUUCCGAAAUGGGGUCGCCUUCUUUCAAGACGCCGCCCACCCCGGGAUGCAGGCCAGGCUGAAUUGUGCCCAGGAAGCCGACCUUGCUCACCUCCUCUGCCAGCUGCCCAAACAAUCUCCUAGCGUGUACACUAAGCAUGUCGCCAUGGUCAACUUUGCGCGUGGAGGGGGUGGUUGCGACCACGUCGUGUACAUUAACAUGGUGCGGGAUCCCGUCGAGCGGAUGAUUUCAUGGAUUACUACAUGCGGUUGGGAGGGGUUAGAAACUUUGUCGCUAGAUUUUUCCUCCUGUGUGCUCCAAAAUGAUGACGAGUGUCGAUUUGAGGGGGCACAUGAAAAUGUGUGGAGUCAAAUGAUGUUCUUUUGUGGGAUGGAUGAGCGGUGCAACGAGAAGAACGGUGCGUGGGCGUUGAGCAGAGCGAUGGAAAACGUGGACAAAUAUUAUUCCGUGGUGGGCGUCUUGGAGGAACUCGACCUCAGUCUGGAAGUCUUUGAGGCCUACAUCCCCCGUGUUUUUGCCGGUGCAAGGGAAACUUAUCUCAAAAACAAGGAAACGAUGGUCUCUAUUAAUAAAAAUCAGGAGAAACCCAACAUUCCCGAAGAAGUUAAGCAGCUAGUCCGUGACGAAAUGGGAAAUGAGGUCAGGUUCUACGAAUUUUGCAAACAAAGGUUGCAUCGACAGGCAAAAUUUGCAAAAUUAGUGGUAACAUAAAAUAAGCAAGGUUUGCUAAAUAACGGAUCUGAGUAUAUAGAAAAUAUGUAAAAAUUAGGAUAUCAAAAUUAUGCAAAACAUUAUAUUCCAGAGUAGGGUAUACCCCAAAAGUAUGUAGCAGAUGAAAUAUAAAGGGUGUUAAUAAAG